AUGGCCUCGCCACCGCUGCCCUUCAAUGUGUCUGCCGAGCUAAAGGCCCUGAGACACGAGAAGAAGCAGAACCAAGACCUCCGUCGAUUACCUCCAAACGCUACAAUUCGACGCCGCCCGCUGAACCAUGCCCCGAUCGCCGACUUACGCUCUUCUGGCGCCAAAGCCCCCAAGGUCGUCUAUGUUUCGCGCCGCACACCCGUAGUCGCGGCGAUCAAGCGCGUGAAGCGGUAUCUGAUGGGCGUUGAGAAGCGCGCCCUACAAAGUGCAGGAGCUAGCGUCCCGAGGAAGGGAGCGCAUGGGCCACGAAGUGCAGUUGAGAAGGCGAACGAAGUACUCGCGAGAAACAGGGAAGAGGUGCUGGUCAAGGCGAGUGGGAGGGCGAUGGCUCAGGCGCUGCGUGUGGCUCAGUGGUUCCGCACCCACGAGAAGGACAUGCUGUGCAACGUGGAAGUCAGAACAGGGAGCGUCAGCACCGUAGAUGACAUUGUGGAGGGCGAUGGAGAUGAGGAGAACGAGGAGAAGGACAAGGCUGAAGAGGAAGCACUGCGGGAAGAGCAAGAGUCUUCGAAGCCACAGUACGGUGACACCACGUUGGAGUUGCUGGGUGUUCCGGAGGUGACUACGCUGGGUUCAGCCGAGCAAGCUACAUCGACUGGAGAUUCGAAACCCGACGUUGCUGGAGAGCAGGACGAUGCGGACACUGGUGUGGACGAUUCGCUAGGGAAGCAGUCGAGGCGGAAGCGGAAGAAGCGAAAGAGACAGAUGUAUGAAGCCGAUGAAUUGCCUGAGGCGCGCAUCAGAUGGGUCAACACGGUCGAGGUUGCAGUUUCAUUGAAGGGCUAA